AGGCGCGGGGCUGGGGGCGCCCUCGGGCUCCCUCCCCUCCCUCUCACCCUCCCCGCGCAUGGAGGGGCGGGGCGGGGCGGGGCCACUCACGCCGCUCGCUCUGCAGGCGGCACGCGGCCCGGCUGCUCCGCUCGGCGCUCUUUCCCCCGCAGUCGCGGCCGGACGCGCGGAGCCGGUUACCGCACGGACCGGACGACCUCUACUUCGUCAUUUCCUGCCGGCCCGGCGGCUUCCGGAUGGAACGAGGAGCCAGUGAAUGCAAUUUACCAGGAUGGGAGCAUUACUGAAGGCUUCCGGUGCCCACCUGUCCGUUUGCCUUGUCCUUUUGUGAAAUCUUGACCCACUUUUUCAGCUUGUCUUGGACAGUAGAGCACACUCUUGGGGCUCGGAGGCCUCUUCCAACCAAGCAAUAUUUCUUUGGUGGAAAAAAACUUAACGGCACUGUUGGUUUGGUGACAAACCUGGAGUGAGGUCACUUUGAAGCCAUGUGGACUUGGAUGAGGGCCUGCAAACAAAAUCCAGCAAGAUGAAGGGAAGUGGUAUACUCUGAAAGUCCAGUUUUGUGUCCCUUUAGUCAGGAGCUGACAAUAUUAUUUUGGGGGUGUUGGGCACCAACAGAGCCCAUUGAAUCCACAUGACUCGGCCGAUAGGGGAGCACACACGUCACCAUACCCGCUGUCCAGGAAUCAGAGGAGGAGGUGCCCUGGGGUGAAGCCUGGGCCACAGCCCCGGUUAGCAGCUCUGCAGGCAUCUUACCUUGGAAACAGCACAGCUUGGCUUCCGUGUCAUCGCUGAGUUCAGAGAAUCCUAGUUUCACCGUGUCCUCAGUAGAGACCAGAGAACCAGAUGGAAAUGAAGGAUGAUCUCUGUGUUCUAUUUUCAGUUAUGUAGGAGUCCAGAAUAAGGGGGAGACCUCACAGCUUCCCCAGACUGGGAAGGAAAAUAUGGAAUGUGUUUUACCGCUGACUGAACACAACCCAAUGAACUGUCCUGACAGUCGUUUGAAAACCAGCAGCUAGCAGUUUGUGCAGCUCCAGCGCCAUCCGGCACUUUGCAGAGCAGACUCAUUGUUUACGGGAACCCUCGGCCUGACGACGUUUGAACCUCAGGCUAGGCGGCUUUCAAAUACGUCUGCAAAAGAAAAGUACCCGGAGCCCCCUUUCCAAAAUGGCCACGGAUGAGUAUCUGUGGAUGGUCAUCUUGGGUUUUUUCAUAGCUUUUAUCUUGGCGUUUUCCGUGGGUGCCAAUGAUGUUGCCAAUUCGUUCGGUACCGCCGUGGGCUCGGGCGUGGUGACCCUGAGGCAGGCCUGCAUCCUGGCUUCAAUCUUUGAAACCACCGGCUCGGUGUUACUGGGGGCCAAAGUCGGAGAGACCAUCCGGAAAGGCAUCAUCGACGUGAACCUGUACAACCACACCGUGCAGACGCUCAUGGCCGGGGAGGUCAGUGCCAUGGUCGGCUCCGCCGUCUGGCAGCUCAUUGCAUCCUUCCUGAGGCUCCCGAUCUCGGGGACUCACUGCAUUGUUGGGGCCACCAUUGGAUUCUCCCUCGUCGCAAUUGGUACAAAAGGUGUGCAGUGGAUGGAGCUGGUCAAGAUUGUUGCUUCUUGGUUUAUAUCUCCGCUGUUGUCUGGUUUCAUGUCUGGUGUGCUGUUUGUACUGAUCAGAAUGUUCAUCUUAAAAAAGGAGGACCCCGUUCCCAACGGCCUCCGGGCGCUUCCCGUGUUCUAUGCCGCUACCAUCGCGAUCAAUGUGUUUUCCAUCAUGUACACAGGAGCCCCAGUGCUGGGCCUGGUCCUUCCCAUGUGGGCGAUCGUGCUCAUCUCCUUUGGGGUCGCGCUGCUGUUCGCCCUCUUCGUGUGGCUCUUUGUGUGUCCGUGGAUGCGGAGAAAGAUAGCAGGCAAAUUGCAAAAAGAAAGUGCUUUAUCGCGAGUCUCUGAUGAAAGCCUCAACAAAAUUCCGGAAGCGGAGUCCCCAGUAUUUAAAGAGCUACCGGGUGCCAGGGCUCACGACGACAGCACCGUCCCCCUCACCGGGUCAGCCGCGGAGCCGUCCGGGACCUCAGAAAGCACGACAGGGGGACACCACCCCCGCGUACCGUAUGGCCGGGCGCUGUCCAUGACGCACGGCGCCAAGUCGCCCGUGUCUAACGGGACCUUCGGCUUCGACGGCUCGGCGCGCAGCGACAGCCACGUGUACCACACGGUGCACAAGGACUCGGGGCUCUACAAGGACCUGCUGCACCGCAUCCGCGACGAGCGGCCGGCGCCGGACGGGGCCCCGCGGCUGCUGCGGCGCAACAACAGCUACACGUGCUACACGGCGGCCAUCUGCGGGCUGCCCGGCCUGGCCACGCGCCGCGGCGAGGCGCCCGCGCCCGAGGACAGCGAGAAGCUGGUGGCCGACGCCGUGGCCUACUCCCGCCGGCGGCUGCGCUACGACAGCUACUCCAGCUACUGCAACGCCGUGGCCGAGGCCGAGAUCGAGGCCGAGGAGGGCGGCGUGGAGGUGCGCCUGGCCACCCCGCUGGCCGAGCCCGAUCCGCCGCGCGACGACACGGCGGACGACGAGAAGGAGAAGGACUCGGCCGAGGUCCACCUGCUCUUCCACUUCCUGCAGGUCCUCACCGCCUGCUUCGGCUCCUUCGCGCACGGCGGCAACGACGUGAGUAAUGCCAUUGGUCCCCUGGUAGCUCUGUGGCUGAUUUAUGAACAAGGUGCGGUCCUACAAGAAGCAGUGACUCCCGUCUGGCUGCUGUUUUACGGAGGGGUUGGAAUUUGUACAGGCCUCUGGGUUUGGGGGAGAAGAGUGAUCCAGACCAUGGGGAAGGACCUCACGCCCAUCACGCCAUCCAGCGGCUUCACCAUCGAGCUGGCCUCGGCGUUCACCGUGGUCACCGCCUCCAACGUCGGGCUGCCCGUCAGCACCACGCACUGCAAGGUGGGUUCGGUGGUGGCCGUGGGCUGGAUUCGCUCGCGGAAGGCCGUGGACUGGCGCCUCUUCCGGAACAUCUUUGUGGCCUGGUUCGUGACCGUGCCUGUAGCGGGGCUGUUCAGUGCUGCUGUCAUGGCUCUGCUCGUGUACGGGAUCCUUCCGUUCGUGUGACUGGUCCUCUUCCAGCCGGUAAACAAGGGAUGGGCCGGGCUGCAUGUGGGCGCUGCGUGCUGUCUCCCGCCAGCGCCUCCACGACCCUCUGUGAUGUUCCAAACCACACAGCCCACCUAGGUGUAGAGUCGUCCAGAGCUAACUUGACUACUGUACAUAAUCAUGUGCACUAAACUGGUAUCGUGGUGAUAUAACAUGGUGCGGUUACUUAUAUAUUAAAUAUAUAUGGUAUACAUAGAAUAAUAGGUAGUGCUAUUUCAGACAUACUCGAAAUGGGAGUGGAGACACUUGCCUAGAAUUCGAUAUUCAACAAAUCUUUGUACAUACUGAUUUCAGUGGCAAAUUUUAAGAACCUUUGAAAAGAAAAGUGUAGAUUGGAAAAUGGUAUUUUUUUCCCAUUUAAUAUACUGUAACGUAAGUGAGAUACAGGAUGGAUGAUACCCAUUUGGGAAGGUGUAUGUGUGUCAGUGUGCUAUUGAAUACUGGAACAGGAGUUCACAAGUGCUUUCACUGAAGAAUUUGUUCAUAUACUGUGUAUUGAUUAUGUAAUAUAUCAUAAUGCUUCUGUAAAUACUUAAAACUGUAAUUUUUUAAUGGUGUGCUUCCCUUAUCCUUUUUUGAUCAGAGAAGUUUGGAAAGUACCAAAGAAGCAGGGGAAUAGUUUGCCAGUAUUAUAUUUUCAUACUGUUUGUCUCCCCUUCUCACUAAUCCUACCAUUAGCCUGGGAUGCGGCAGGACCACCAUGCUCUGACCUGCCCUGGGGCAGGGUGUAUGGUGAGGCACCAGCCCCCAGCAUGUGCACGUCCCACUUCCAGUCCCCCUCCCCGCCACCACGCUGCCACCGCUGCCCCGUGCCAGAUCUUGGCCCUUCGUUGUUGUCAGUGUAGAGAAGGUACAGCGGCGAGGACGCGUGAUCGACACUACAUAUCAAGUCCAGUUUAAAUUUCCGCCCCCUCCUCCCCUGCAGCCUGAAGGAUGGACCUCUAACCUCAGACACGGAGGCAAGUGCCCUGACAUCCUGGAAGCUCAGGAGUGGGGAGGGCUGAGCUGUCAGUACACUGGACUUGAGGGUUUCCUUGAGGCCUUCACUAGGUGGAGCAGUGCCAUGUUCUGCUGGAGCCCCACCGGCGUCUUCUUUUUCGAUAGCGGGAGGAAGUGUGACUAAUGCUAGAGCCUGAAACUAUGGAAAUGCUGCUAAAACUUUUAUAUUGACAAACAUUUUCUCGGUACUUCAUUGUGAUUUUUCAUUAAUCAACCAUAUUAAAUUUAUAAUAAAAACA